UCAAUACCUGUCUAGUAAAACCUGUUAUAAUCUUGCUGUGGCCAAAGCCACAAGUCUUAUAAGGACUUGAGCCGAAGACUAGCAGCUUUUUCGUGGUAACACCAGGUUGUGGCUGCUUGUCUUUUUGCAUAUCAUAGUCCAUGAAGUCAACUUUUACAGUGCAGGCGACUUUUUCACGACCAUGAGUAUAGUUCUUCGCAACCUGGUGUUGUUGACCUUUUUUCAUUUUUCAACAGCUUGCUUUAAGUACAACUGGACAGACACUGAAUGUGGACUCUACGGGGAUCCACACAUCCGGCCUUCAGUGGAGCUCGGGGAACCAUCUUCCUUCCUUGCCGGUUCCAUGCCGCCCAGCUGUUCAUGAAUAGUCCUUCCAGCGGAAUUUGCUUUACAAACAUUUUGGUAUUCGGGGUCGUGCGUGGUAAGGGAGUUUACACUGGUGGAGCAGAGAUUCAUAUCAUAUUGGUUAGCAACAGUCAUCUGAAGCAUUCUCUUCAGAUUGUUAUCUCCGAGGGCAUCCUGAAAAUAACAGGCGGACUCGAUCCGAUGCCCAGCAUUACAUGGGGAACAAGCAAUCAAAUGCAGAUAGGUCCUCUUGUAAUCACGUGGACAUUUAAUGGCCCCUAUGUGACACUGAGUGCACCUUUGUGUGGACUGACCCUGGUGUACAGGACACUCUCUCUCCGCCCGUCAGGGAUUAUUAUUCAGGCUGCUACAAGACAAUCCCUCGCUUAUGCUGGGUACCAUAAAUACGUUUUCUGUGGCAACAGAACUGAUGUUGAAACUAUGUUCGAAGACGAUGGAAUGUCUUUGGACUUGAAUACCAUUGACCAGGUGCUUGCCUACAGAAUUCUUUCACCUUCUCUGUCCCAGCAGCUCCUCAUCCCAUCCCUGACAGGGCAGCUGCAUCCAAACCGUGGGGCGUGUGAACAAGCAAGCAAGAUGUUUCGUGGGUGCAGCUCGGAGGAUAAGAUCAAGGCAAUAAAAAUCUGCCUCUUCAUCUUCACCAAGCGACUACUGUUGAAGUGCUUCUCAGACUCCGGUGCAACAACCCCAAUGAUAGUUUUCAAUACUUGUAUUUCGGUGGUAUGCAAUCCAAGUGGUGUUUACUGCGAUUCUUUCAAAACAGCUGUAAGGCCCUGUAUCCUGACAGUAAAUAAACCACCAAAGCUUCUCUCACUCAUGUAUAAUUCUACCGACUGCACAACCCCGACAAAAUAAUUCCAUGAGGCAAAAUGUGGAAUGAUGAGAAAUAGUUACUGACAAAUAGAGAAAAUAUUCAAUUGUCAGAUCUUAUAGUUUUUGUCUUCUCAGUUAUCAGUUUCAGUGCAGUAGGCUCAAUUCAGUGGUAUAAAAAGUGACUUUUUGCAGUUGCAUAUCAUCUACAAGGCACCAAAAGCAAACAUUUAUGAAUAUGUCAUGUUUUCACAUAAUUUGUUCUUGCACAGUUCGUUUUGAACACUUAUGGUGAGGCGAUGAUGUUCUCCAUAUCAGUGCACAUACUAUCCCCUGAGUGACCCCCAUUUUGUUACCCGAUUUUUUAUUUAUUUAUUUUUUUUUUUUUUAUCGCCUUGGAUAAGAACAAAGAAAACCUAACAUAUUCUAAAAAUAUUUAUCCUGAGUGUUCGUAACCGUGUCGGUUGUGUCAACUUUAUUAAAAGCUCCAGGAAAAAUGCAAAAUAUUUUGUAUGCAACUGUACAAAACUAUUUGUGAACAAACUUCACGAUAAUAAACCUCUGCAACUGGA